AUGGCUGCUACAACGCCUAACACAAUAAAUCUCGAGCCGUUCGAUCCAGACAAAGGUCCCUGGUCGGAUUGGCAAGAACGCCUCGAGAGUGCCUUCAGACUGCACAAGAUUGCGGAAGACUUGAAGGUGGAUGGAUUACUGAACUGUCUAGGUUCAACGGCAUACAGCUCGCUCAAGAACAGACUUGUACCUAAGAAGCCAUGUUCGGAAUCUUACGCCACGUGCACGAAAGUACUACAAGACUUCUACGAGCCGAAGCCCAAUAAAAUCGCAGAAAAUUUCAAGCUCUGGACUCGGAAACAAGAAGAAGGAGAGAACAUUCAAAGCUUCAUCACGGCCCUGCAGAAAUGUUUGAUAAAUUGCAAGUUAGGAGACUUCGCAAGUACAACGAUACGGAACGCAUUCGUUUUCGGCCUGAGGAACAAGCGGAUACAGAGCCGGCUACUGGAAACACAGGAUCUGACGUUGGAAAGGGCAAUCGAGAUCGCUACCACGAUGGAACUGUCCGAGGCGGAAACCAGCCGACUUCAAGGGGAAGCCAUCGCUGCCGCCAUCCAGACUACAAAGAGAUCGCCGUACAAAGAUAAGUCAAAACAUACAAAAAAGGUCGCGUCGCGUAACAAUACGAAUAGCGAGCGCGCGAGCGGUCAAAACAUAACGUGUUUUCGGUGCGGCAAGCAUCACUACGCAUCUGUUUGUACGAUGCAGCGUAACAUCAAAUGUUUAUCGUGCGGUAAAUCGGGACACAUAAAGAAGGUAUGCAAGUUGAAAACGUUAAAGUAUAAUAAACCCGAAAAUCAAACGUUAGAUAUCUUAGCAGCAGAGCAUACCGAAUUUCGUAAAACAAUUUACUCUACGUUAAAUGUAAACGGACGAAAUGUACAAUUCGAGGUAGACAGUGGCGCAUCUGUUACCUUAAUGUCUUUAGAUAACGCGAGAUUAUUAUUCAAAGGCGAAACAGUGUUUAAAAUGGAUUUGAAAUUAGUUGCCGCAAAUCAGACACCGAUACAACUGUACGGUUACAUUACGGUUAAAGUAAGAAGCGAUGAAUCUGUGUGUGAACUAAAUAUGUACCUUACGGUGCAACCUAGAGAACCACUUCUCGGAAGAGAAUGGAUGUUACAAUUACGCGAGUUCAAAAGUAUUCUCAAAUCUCUGGGUCAGAUACAAUCCGUAAGUACAAUGUCAAAAUCAUCGCGGGUACAGGAAUUAUUGAAAGAUUUUCCAAAAUUAGCAGACCCCUCAAUAUCAAAAGUUUCAAACAUUCAGGCAAGGUUAAACGUAAAAGCUAAUAUAACGCCAGUUUUUCUGAGACCAAGGUCCGUUCCUUUUCGAUUGCGCGCGAAAGUAGAAGAAGAAUUAGACAAACUCGUGAAUGCGGGUAUUUUCGAAAGGGUGGAUUGUGCCGAUUGGGCUACGCCGAUAGUGCCCGUCAUCAAAAAGGAUGGAUCGGUACGAAUUUGCGGGGACUAUAGCGUUACACUUAACCCCAAUUUGAAAAUUGAUGCUCACCCUUUGCCGACCCCUGAUGAAUUGCUUACGCAAAUGGCGGGUGGCAUAAUAUUUUCCAAGAUUGAUCUUACACAAGCAUAUUUACAAUUAGAGGUAGGUCCUCAAGACCGCGAAUAUCUUACACUCAAUACACACAAGGGUCUAUACAGAUCAACACGACUGAUGUACGGUAUUGCAUCAGCCCCGGCCAUUUGGCAAAGGACGAUUGAAAAUAUCUUGAAGGAUAUAACGGGAGUCGUUGUAUUUCUCGACGACAUACGCAUUGCUGGAUCCUCUUCAAAGGAUCAUAUGGAAAAAUUACGUACGGUUUUUACGCGAUUGCAAAAAUACAAUAUUCGGAUUAAUCUUCAAAAAAGUGAAUUUUGCACGGAUCAAAUACAAUAUUGCGGUUACAUUAUUAACAGUAAAGGCAUAAAUAAAGCGCCCGAGAAAAUAGAAGCAAUUAAAGAAAUACGGAAACCUAAUAAUAUUACUGAAUUACGCAGUUUUUUAGAUAUGAUCCACUAUUACGAUCGUUUCAUUCCCAAGUUGAGUUCGACUCUGCAACCCUUGAACAAAUUACUUCAGAAAAAUGUUGUGUUCAAGUGGUCGACCGCCUGUGAGAAAAGUUUCCAAGAAGCUAAACGAGCAUUCGUUAGUCCACGAUGCUUAGCUCAUUUCGACCCUACAUUACCUAUUACACUCGCUACCGACGCCAGCCCGUAUGGCGUUGAUGCGGUCCUUUCUCACAUUUUUCCGGACGGCUCGGAACGAGCCAUACAGUUUGCCUCACAAACACUUUCCAAAACUCAACAGUCUUAUUCCCAAAUAGAUAAGGAAGCAUACGCAAUCAUUUUCGGAAUAAAAAAGUUUUAUCAGUUUUUACAAGGAUCUAAAUUCACGUUGAUAACGGAUCGAUCAUCGUCCACUUACGCAAAUAUUAUCACCUACGAAAGAAAAUCGGAACAGCAUGCUAAUGCUGAUUGCCUUUCGAGACUCCCUAUACCAAGCACCGGUCAAUGUGAUGCAAUUGACGUGUUGCAAAACACUACGUUCGAGACAUUACCCGUUACAGCCACACAAGUAGUAGAAGCUACUGGCAAGGAUAAGGAAUUAGCGAAGCUACGGGAAUUUCUUAAGACAGGUUCAGGUUCUUUUAAGAAUAAUAAAUUUUAUACGGUUCCACUUAGUGAAUUUUCCCUAUUAAAUAAUGUCAUUUUUAGAGGACAUAGAAUCGUAGUUCCAGCACCAUUACAAAAGAAAAUCCUACACGAAUUACACACCGGACAUUUCGGCAUCGUUAGGAUGAAACUGCUAGCACGUAGUUACGUGUGGUGGAACAAGAUAGACUACGACAUCGAACAAUUAGCUCAAAAUUGUUUUGAUUGCAAUUCAUUCAAAAAUAAUCCAGUUAAAGUAUCAAAUCACAUCUGGGAACCAGCACAAAACUCAUUCGAACGUGUUCAUGUAGACUUCGCAGGUCCAUUUCUGGGACAUUAUUUCUUUAUUUUAAUCGACGCGUAUACGAAAUGGCCAAAAAUACACUUGGUCAAGGAUAUAACUACGCGUACUACAAUAAACCUUUGCAGCCAAAUAUUUUACACUUAUGGAUUGCCUCAGUACUUUGUGAGUGAUAAUGCGAGAACGUUCACAUCCAACGAAUUUGCAAAGUUCUUAAAAUCGCUAGGUAUCACACACAAAUUUACCGCUCCUUACCAUCCUGCCACGAAUGGGCAGGCCGAGCGAUACGUACAAAUAUUAAAGAAUUCCUUAAAGCGCAUGCGAACUACAAAUGCGAAUGCAUACGUAGACUUACAAGAGUUACUUUUUCAGUAUAGAAAUACGCCACAUGUAGCAACGGGAUUUUCUCCCGCGGAAUUUCUUUUUUCUAGGAAAAUACGAACGCGUUUUGAUCUGUUACGACCGUCUAGUACUCAACAUACUACAUGUAAUACAUUUCCUUUCAAAUUUACGGUGGGGAAGAGAGUUAGCUGCCGAGAUUACACCGGAAAAACAAAAUGGUUAUUCGGAAAUAUUGUUGAGCAGAUCGGCGAGCUACAUUUCAAAAUACGUCUUGACGAUGGCCGCGUUUGGAAAAGGCAUGUUAACCAAGUGCGACCGAUCGGCGAGGAUACACCUCGCGAUAGUAAUAGCGAAAGUGAUUACGAUUAUUUCGACUAUGACCCACCGAGAAAUAGUUCUAACGAAAACAUUCGUAACGAGAACAAUACAGAUAACAACGCAAACGAUAUAAGAAACACGGUGAGCAAAGACAUUAGCGACAGGACUAUUGUAAAUGCGAGUCCAUCCGGAACUUCUACUCCUAGGGAAAGUACACCCUCGACAUCAGGUCCGUCAUACUCUUCGUUAACUUCUCCGGAAGCAGAUUCUUCAUUGUAUUCUACACCGACGGCACCUUCCAGGACAUCUACGCCGAAACCGUCUCCGCCACCGAAACCGGAAAGCUCUAAAGCUACUCCUACAUCAGCACGCCCUUUACGUUCAACUAAAGUACCUUUACAUCUGAGAGAUUACAUUUUGUUCAAGUGA